CUGGCCGGGGGAGGCUGAGCGCGACCCAAGAGAGCCGCGGCGCCCGCCGACCAGGGACCAGCACGACUCCCCAGACACCGCUCUGCCGCCUCCGUCCCAUUGUCGCGGGGACGCACCGAGCCACGCCGCUCGGGCCGAGAUUCGAUUCUCUUCCUCCGACCGGGAGAAGAGCGCUGAAAGCCGGACGGCUGCUCCGGGAUCCAGCGAACCGAGGCCGCUGCCGCUGAGGCUAGCGGCUGGAGGAGGAGACGGAGGCGGAGGGAAGUGCGCGUCACUCCCGGGAGGAGAGUUUCACCUCCAGGCAGAGGCUGCGGCUGCCAGUUGCAUAAAAGCGGCGGCGGCGGGCGCUGGGGCUUCAGGGGCUCCCUGGCCAUGGAGAGAGGAUCCGGACCCGGGGACACCAGAAGCUCGGCUUGGUCUCUUUGGACCCCUGUAUAGACCUGAAUAAGCCGACGCUAAGCGGGGGAGGGGAAGUGACAGUGUAUCAUGCAUGCCACUGAUUCCAGGGGACACUCCCCUGCUUUCCUGCAACCUCAGAAUGGAAACAGCCAUCGCUCAUCUGGCUAUGUUCCGGGGAAGGUUGUCCCGCUGCGUCCCCCUCCUCCUCCAAAGAGCCAAGCUUCAGCCAAAUUUACCUCCAUCAGACAGGAACCCAGGGCAACCUUUGCUUUCUCACCUGAGGAGCAUCAAGCCCAGAGAGACAGCCGGAAGCAGAAGAGGCACAAGAAUACUUUCAUUUGCUUUGCUAUUACUAGUUUCUCAUUUUUUGUUGCACUUGCAGUUAUUUUAGGAAUAUCCUCCAAAUAUGCCCCAGAUGAGAAUUGCCCAGAUCAGAACCCCCGUCUCAGGAACUGGGAUCCAGGACAAGAUUCGGGAAAACACGUUGUUAUCAAGGAGGGAGAUAUGUUCCGUCUGACCUCAGAUGCCACAGUGAAUUCUAUAGUCAUUCAAGACGGAGGACUGCUUGUUUUUGGGGAUGAUAAAGAUGGAUCAAGAAAUAUUACUUUGAGAACUCGUUACAUCCUGAUCAAGGAUGGUGGGGCGCUUCAUAUUGGAGCAGAAAAAUGCCGCUAUAAAUCCAAAGCGACAAUUGUCUUGUAUGGCAAGUCAGAUGAAGGUGAAAGUAUGCCAACAUUUGGCAAAAAAUUUAUUGGUGUGGAAGCUGGCGGGACACUGGAGGUACACGGGACACAGAAAGCAUCGUGGACGUUGUUGGCGAGAACUCUGCAUUCAUCAGGCUUGACCUUUAGGCCUUAUGCCUUUGAAAAGGACUUUUCCAGGGGCCUCAACGUGAGGGUCUUUGACCAAGACACGGCGAAAAAUUUGGAAAUUGCAAGGUUUGAUACCCACGAAUACCACCACGAAAGCAGGCGACUUCAGGAGUUUCUGAGAGUCCAGGAGCCAGGACGGAUUGUUGCUAUAGCUGUUGGAGAUUCAGCAGCCAAAAGCCUCUUACAAGAAACCAUACAAAUGAUCCAGGACCGGUUGGGAAGCAAGCUGAUCCAGGGACUGAGCUACAGGCAAGCCUGGGCUUUGGUCGGUGUCAUUGACGGCGGAAGUACUUCUUGCAAUGAAUCUGUGAGAAACUAUGAAAACCAUAGUAGUGGAGGGAAGGCUCUUGCCCGAAGAGAAUUUUACACUAUGGAGGGUCAGAAGUUCGCAGUGACAGCUUACAGUGAAUGGAUUGAAGGUGUUUCCUUUUCAGGUUUCCGCGUAGAGGUGGUGGAUGGAGUGAAGCUUCAUCUGCUGAACGAUGUUAGUAGCUGGAAACCUGGAGACCAGAUUGUGGUCGCUAGCACAGACUAUUCUAUGUACCAGGCAGAGGAAUUCACGCUUCUGCCCUGUCCGGAGUGCAGCCGUUUCCAGAUCAAAGCCAAAGAAACCCCUCAGUUCCUGCACAUGGGUGAGAUCAUAGAUGGUGUAGACAUGAGAGCUGAGGUUGGAAUUCUUACCCGGAAUGUUGUCAUCCAAGGAGAAAUGGAAGACUCUUGCUAUGCUGAAAACCAGUGCCAGUUCUUUGAUUAUGAUACUUUUGGGGGACAUAUCAUGAUAAGGAAAAACUUUACUUCAGUUCAUCUUUCUUACGUGGAACUGAAACACAUGGGGCAGCAGCACCUGGGCCGGUAUCCGGUUCAUUUCCACCUGUGUGGUGACGUGGAUCAUAAAGGAGGGUACAGACCCACAACCUUUGUGGACGGCCUGUCUAUUCAUCAUAGCUUCUCAAGAUGCAUCACUGUGCAUGGGACAAAUGGCUUGCUGAUAAAAGACACCAUUGGAUUCGACACUCUAGGUCAUUGUUUCUUUUUGGAAGAUGGUGUUGAACAGAGAAAUACUCUGUUUCACAAUCUGGGACUCCUCACCAAGCCAGGGACCCUCCUCCCCACUGACAGGAAUAACUCCAUGUGCACCACCUUGCGAGAGAAGGUGUUUGGAAGUUAUGUCCCUGUACCUGCCACUGACUGCAUGGCGGUUUCAACUUUCUGGAUUGCUCAUCCCAACAAUAAUCUGAUUAGUAAUGCAGCUGCAGGCUCACAGGAUGCUGGAAUAUGGUAUUUAUUCCACAAGGAACCUACUGGGGAGUCCACUGGCUUGCAGCUCUUAGCAAAACCAGAGCUCACUCCAUUGGGUAUAUUUUAUAACAACAGGGUCCAUUCAAGUUUUAAGGCUGGCUUAUUUAUUGACAAAGGUGUCAAAACAAGCAACGCUAGUGCUGCUGACCCAAGGGAAUACCUCUGUUUGGAUAACAGUGCCAGGUUUCGGCCUCAUCAGGAUGCAGACCCUGAAAAGCCACGUGUGGCUGCUUUAAUUGACAGGCUCAUUGCUUUUAAAAAUAACGACAAUGGAGCGUGGGUCAGAGGGGGAGACAUUGUCGUUCAGAAUUCAGCAUUUGCAGAUAAUGGAAUAGGAUUGACCUUUGCCAGUGAUGGAAGCUUUCCAAGUGAUGAGGGUUCCAGCCAGGAGGUAUCUGAAUCUCUAUUUGUUGGGGAGAGCAGAAAUUACGGCUUUCAGGGAGGUCAGAACAAGUACGCGGGCACGGGAGGAAUAGACCAGAAGCUUCGGUCAUUACCCAGGAACAGGACAUUCCCGAUUAGAGGCUUUCAGAUUUAUGAUGGACCCAUUCAUCUUACCAGGUGUACUUUCAAAAAAUAUGUGCCAACUCCAGAUAGGUACACCAGUGCUAUUGGCUUCCUCAUGAAGAAUUCCUGGCAGAUAACCCCCAGGAAUAACAUUUCCCUUGUGAAGUUUGGCCCACAUGUCUCUCUGAAUGUCUUCUUUGGAAAGCCAGGGCCCUGGUUUGAAGAUUGUGAGCUGGAUGGUGAUAAGAACUCUAUUUUCCAUGACAUUGAUGGCUCUGUGACAGGAUACAAGGAUGCUUAUGUUGGAAGAAUGGACAACUUCCUGAUCCGCCAUCCAAGCUGUGUAAACGUUACCAAAUGGAAUGCAGUGGUCUGCAGUGGGAACUAUGCCCAGGUCUAUGUGCAGACAUGGAGCACUCAGAAUCUGACUAUGACCAUCACGCGAGACGAAUAUCCAUCCUACCCUAUGGUGCUCCGCGGCAUUAACCAGAAGGCAGCCUUCCCCCAGUACCAGCCCGUGAUCAUGCUGGAAAAGGGCUACACCAUCCACUGGAAUGGGCCGGCGCCGAGGACUGCUUUUCUGUACCUCAUAAACUUCAACAAGGACGACUGGAUUCGAGUUGGCCUCUGCUAUCCAUCAAACACAAGUUUUCAGGUCACUUUUGGCUUUUUACAGCGGCAUAAUGGCUCGUUAUCCAGAAUGGAAGAGUACGAGCCCGUGGGAUCACUAGAAGAAUUGCAGAGGAAACAGUCUGAGAGGAAAUUCUAUUUUGACUCCGGCACGGGGUUGCUGUUUUUGUAUCUCAAAGCCAAAAGCCACAGGGAUGGCCACAGUUACUGUUCAUCUCAGGGAUGCGAAAGAGUCAAGAUCCAGGCAGCAACAGACUCAAAAGACAUCAGUAACUGCAUGGCCAAAGCAUAUCCCCAGUUUUACAGAAAGCCGUCAGCACUCAAGCAGAUGCCAUCCAUGCUCAAGGGACUCUGUCAAGGCUGUGGGAGCCGCCAGGUGGUGUUUACUAGCGAUCCUCAUACAAGCUACCUCCCCGUGCAAUUCAAGUCACCCAAUAAAGCAGAGAUACAGCGGGGAGACCUGUCCGUUAUCUCUGUCAAUGGCACUGAUUUUACCUUCCGAAGUAUAGGUGCCCUCCUCCUCGUCGUGGAUGCCUGCAGUGUUCCCUUCCGGUUGACAGAAAAAAAGGUUUUCUCUCUUGCUGAUGUCAGCCGUAUGGAGGCGCAUUUAAAAACAGGCAUUCCUCCAAGGUCAAUUGUUCUAUUGAUCACAAGAGGAGAAAUAAAGCAGUUGAAUAUUUCAGAUUCAUUAGUACCUCUGGGAUUAGCCAAACCAGCUUAUCUUGAUAACAAAGGGAGUAUUGUGUUUUCGGGAUUUAGUGGAAACUUCAAACCAUCGUGGACUAAGCUGUUUACCAGUCCUGCUGGACAGGGUCUCGGGCUACUUGAACAGUUCAUACCUUUGCAGCUGGAUGAGUAUGGUUGCCAGAGGGCAGGCUCUGUCCGCAGAAGAGACCUGGAGCUGUUAAAGCAAACUUCAAAAGGACAUUAGAGACUGACUAUAACUUAAGUGCUGGGGGAAAAAAAAUGUGAACUAACUUAUUUAAUUUAUGGCAUUUUAAAAUGACACUGUUAACCCAAUGGAACCAUUUUCCUGUUUGAUACAGAAAGGGAAGAGAAGAGUUUAAAGUGGUUGCUUAAAUUACCAGCUCAUGCACCUUCUAGUUGUACAAAAUGUUCAAGAAUUUAUUUGUAUUUGUUAGGCUGGUAUAUGUGGAGAGCAUUUCUCUUAUUCCUCACCUGCCCAGGUUUUCUAGUGACCAUAAGCAGAGGUUCACUUUAUUGUAUAAUGGGUUGUUGCGGGGUAGAGUGCGGGCUUCUGAGGGUCAGCCUGCGUCCUGAGAGGCCCAGCUCUCAAAGCGCCCUGGAUACUUGAAAUCCGAUGCUCUGUUGUCAUGAGCUGUGGGUCGGCAGUUGACUUGGGUGGCUGGCAUGUCCAGUGAUGCUUUGGGAUCUGGACCCAGGCAGCCUUUUGAGGAUUUGUGAUACUGAAUAACAGUUUUAAGUGGCAACUCAGGCCCAGCUCAUGCCCUUUUUGGCCUGGACAUGUGCUAUUUCUAUUCAUUUGUAUACUGAUUCCUUCUAAGGGUUUAACUUUCUAACCGGACAUAUUUGGGGACAAAAGGGCUUUUAGAGAUUAGAUAUCCCUUUAAUCUGUGACCCUUGGGCAAAAACUUGGCCUGCACUAAGGUCUGAGGUUGUUGGGAUCAUUUUUGAAGCUUUAAUCCUUAGCCUGUUUUGACAGUAUAUUUGUAUUUAAAAUUGCAGAGCUGAACUGAAUAUUUACAUUUUUGUAAAAAGAAGAAGGCCAUUUUCCUGAACUGUAAACUUGUGUCAUUUCAACUUGCACAAAGGAAGUCUGUUCUUGAGUUUCCUCCUGCAGCCAGGUUUUGUUGUUUCUGUGUGUGGAUUUUUCAAAACUUUCUCUGCUCACCAUCUUACCAGGAAAUUGCAGAAAGCUUAAUGUUACCCCAAAGUAGUGUACUCAGGGGGAGAAAAAAGGGAGAACCUGUGAAGGGGCAGUCAUGGAAGAAAUAUUCAGAAACGACCUUUAUAGCCUUAGAGGAAUCGGUUACUCUUAAUUAAUUCAAUUGCUAAGAGCCAAUUUAAAAAGGCACUAUGACACCCUAUUUCCCUUCUCACUGGGUGCAUGUAUCUCUUGCCAGUGAGAUUACCUGUAGCAAAAAGAGAUUGGCUCCACAGCCUAGAAUGUCACCACACCAAGAACAGAGAAGCAUCAAAAUGCUCUGGUCUUUUUCCUAAACCCACAGUGUGUGAACUGAUGGCCACAGCAAGAUGGUAGGAGGUGAGUUCAGACUGACUUGCCAGUGAGUACAGACACAUUCACUUUCCUCUUCCAAGAGCAGAGGCUGAUAGCCUGUCCUUUGAUGUCCUGGAGAAACUGCAGAACGGCUCUGUGACUUCUAUUACUUUACAAAAUAUGCUACCUCAAAUUGCUACCAGUAAACCUUUCUUACUGUAAGUGCUCUUGCUAAGGGCACAUGUCUUAAUCAAAGUUUAGGAAUUUUUUUUUUUUUGUAUACUGAUGAAUGAGAUCUUAACCUAUUAAAGAUAUUAUUGGAUCAUGGUUCCUGAAGGUGAUUAAAGUUUGUUUGUGUUGUGUUUUCUAUGACUUAAAUAUCUUUCAUGUGUGUUCUUAGAGUUUGGUUCUUUAAAGAUUUGGAGAGGAUAUGUAAGUUCUAAGGCACUCAGUUUUUCUGAUUUAUAUGCUAAUAAUCAGGGCCUAAGUUGAAUAAAAUAUGUGUGCAUGUA